CUUGAUACAGGUACAGCCGUACCCGGUACCGCCUGGGCCCUGCACACGAUCCUAGAGCCUAGAGCCUAGAGCCUAGAGGUACCUAACUGGGGCAUGUACAACUAAUUUUCCCGCCACCAAAUAUUCCAUAGCAACCAUUCUCAGAGUACCUCAAUCUUGAAUCUUUCCAUGUACACACAUCGUUUUACCAUAGCUUUGCCAGAGCUUAUCACAACCAGCUUGGCAGGGCAAAAACAAACAUUACCGCUACCACACUUUAACUACCUAAGGUAGUUAACAGCUUAUAUCGAAUCUUUAGAUUGAAAGUUUACCUACAUUGAACCCAGUCAGAGGGAAGCUGUCAAUAUUCUCCUGCAUCGCUGAACAGGCGGAAAUGCGAUUCUGCUAACGACAGCACAUCUCUUACACACCCAGCCGCGAAAAAGAUGCCCAAGAUCAAAAGUUAUACCCCGGCCUGGCUGUCGGCACCUUCGCCCGGUCACGACCUCUUUGUACCUAAUGCCAGCGAGACCCAAGACGCUUCCGCUUAUAUCUCCAAGGCCAUCUCGAAAGAUGGUCCUCGACGAACAAUUGCUCGUCGUGGCACCGAAGUUUUCAUCGCUGUUGGAAAAGAAAUCAGAUGGGCGGAUUUGCUUUACCUAAAAGAACGAUGGGAAGAGAAACAAGCUAAGGCCCACGGUGGCAUCAGAAUCAAGCGCGAGGAUACGGAUAGCUUCGAUGAUGAUGACGAUGCGCUAAGGGAAUCAAUAGAGAGUGGAUGUGCCGAAGGUUUCCGGACCAUCACAACCUCUGUUGGUAGCGACAUCCAGCAGCUCGUUAUCUCACCGUACGCGAACUUCAUGGCAGUUGUCACUUCUCAUACUGUCCGUAUAAUCCUUUUACCCGACUCGUCCCACCUCACAGCGCCUGGCCUUGAUGCCAUUAAGCCAAAGUCAUGGACCUUGGGACCAACAACACACGUUAUGAACCGUUCACCAAUUGCUUCAACCCUAUGGCAUCCAUUGGGGGUUAACGGCUCUGCGUUAGUAACGGUUACAAAAGAUGCUGUUGUAAGAGUUUGGGAGCUUUCUCAAAAGGACCGAUGGUCUUUUGACUCUCCCACCCUUACUAUUGAUCUGCAGAAACUUGCGGAUGGCACUUCGUUAGAUCAAAAUUUUGCCACCUCUCCUGAUGUCACAAAUAAGGGAUUUUCCCCAGAUUCUUUCGAGAUGGAUGUUGCGGCAGCGUGUUUCGCCGGCAGAGGCUCUGGUGGUUGGUCGCCAAUGACCCUUUGGAUUGCGAUGCGAGAGGGAGAUGUAUACGCCCUAUGCCCUCUACUGCCAACCCAGUGGGCCCCGCCGCCUACGCUGAUUCCUUCGCUCUCUAUCUCGAUCGUCGGGAAUCUUGCUGCAAUCGAGGAUGAUCCAAACGUGUCCGGGCAAGCAAAGUUACUUGCUCAGCAACAGCUAGACUGGAUGUCGGACCUCGACAACCAAGAACCUAGAAUCAUUGAGGGCCCACCUGGAGAACCGCCCACGGAGAUUUAUACUCGGCCUGCACGACCUGGUGUAGUUCCUCGCUUACAAGGGCCCUUUGACCUUGAGCUAAGUCCGGAAAGUGAAGACGACUUGGAUACGGAGCUGACGGAUAUUUUCGUCAUCGGGCAAAAGCUCGACACUGAUGAGUUAAUGAUGGGAGAGGAAGAUGAGCUAGAUAUGGAAGAUGUCGAAGGGGAAGGCUUAUCACUCCCCGUCAUAUGCUUACUCUCGUCUAGCGGUCAGCUACGAGUAUGUCUAGACCUGGAUGGCGUCCAAGCUCAGUGGCUUCCCCCUCGGAAUAAAUCCAAGGCUAUGGGGCGCCUAGCCGGAUCUCCGUCUCUGCUAACAUUUCAGAGCAUGGAUAUAUUGAAUUCUCUAGAAGUCACUGAGAAUGCCUGGCCAACGUUCAGCCCGGACGUUACUUCUAGAUAUUCCUUCUUUAUCACUCAUCCUUCCAGUAUUACACAUGUUUCUCUAUCACCAUGGGUCUUCCGCCUGGAAAGCGAACUACAAGGUGAUUCGCAAGCCGGAUCCGAGUUUAGAAUCGACCUGCUUGUUAACGGACAGAGUUCAACUAGAGAGCGUCUCUAUACGAGUACAGCCCAAGGCGAUACGCAGUUUCCACUAACCGCCUCGGUCGCUAUUCGUGACCCUGAUCUUGGCUACUUCUUAUUGUCCGCAACGCCAUUCGAUCCAGUUGCCUUAAUAUUUGAUACGCCAGAAGACGACCUCGCCCCCGUUCGGUCCGCCUCGCCUUCCUUUGACAAGGAUGCGGAGGUGCAACCCCUAGAGUUCUACGAGCCUCGCCCUGUCUUCCAGCCAUCACACUCCUUCGACAUGGGUUCGGCGCUACCAAAGCUACUGAGUCAGCUGCGAACCGGUCGUCAGAAGACCAUAGUCAAUCAGGAAGUCCGACUUUCCCCAGCAACCCUACAAAUUUUUACAGAAGCGCAUCAAAUACUCAGCGAUGAAACCUAUAAACUGGGCGUAGCAGCUGCCGAGGUAUUCCGACGAUGUGUUCAGCUACAGGCAGAACUUAAGCAGCAAGUUAUCAAGGCAAGCGAAGUAAAGGCUAGGGUUGAGGCUAUCACUGGGGAGGAUCAAGAUGAAAGCAACCCAGAAUCAAGCAAUGCUGCAAUGGUGAGGCGGAUACAAAAUGUAAGGGAGAAAGGGGAAGCCCUUAGCCGAAGGCUAGAAAAGAUGCGAAAGCUAGUCAGUAAGGGGACUAGCCGAGAAUUGAGUGAUAAGGAGAAGGCUUGGAUUAAUGAGGUCAAUGCCUUGGAUGGCACGUUAUUCGGGUCUACAACAGCACCUGGACCAUCUAGGCUAAAGAUGACCAAAAAGAGAUAUGAAGAAGUGACGCGAUUGAAAGAAGAGCUUGUGGAGGAAGCAGAGAAGCUAGGCGCGUCGACCGAAGAAGGAGAGGAAAGACUAAGCGCGUCAACAACAGAUCUGCGCAUACCAUCGGAGCUCCGAAAAGCAAAGAUCAACCAAGUAAAGGGGCUCAUCGAGCGUGAGACGGCGUUAGUAGAUGCUGUGAAAUCACGGCUUGAGCGACUGUCAAUUGGAGGGUAGGUAGAUGCGCGACAAGCAGGUG